AUGGCAGAUAAUGAUGAAAAAAGCAAAGAUAAAAUCGUAGGAGGAGAAUUCGUCAACAUCGAAGAAGUUCCUUACCAGGCAACGUUACAUUGGUUCAAUGCGGUUGUAUUAUGCGGUGCAGCUAUAAUUGAUAAAUCCUGGAUUUUAACAGCUGCACAUUGCACUUAUAAAAAAUCUCACUUGACGGUUCGCACUGGAGCACGAUACAGUUCGGAAGAAGGCCACAGACAUAAGAUCGCUAAAAUCAUAGAACAUCCUGAGUAUGAUGACAAAACUGUUGAUAAUGACAUCGCUUUGAUUAAGCUUGAGACACCUAUCGAAUUCAGCGAGAAAGAUAGGCCUAUUGGCAUUGCAAAGUCGUACGACGAACCCAUUGAGGGCCUUUUAAUGCGCGUCACUGGCUUUGGAAAGAUAAGUGAAAAUGGUGAUACCUCAAGCAUUUUGAAAUCUGCUUACGUGCCAAUUAUGAACCAGGAAAAAUGUGAAAAAGCCUACUUUCUUGACCCAAUAACCAAAAAUAUGUUCUGUGCUGGCGAUGGCAAAACUGAUGCCUGUCAAGGUGACUCUGGUGGCCCAGCUGUCGUUGGCAAAAAAAUCUACGGUAUCGUUUCUACUGGCAUGAAGUGUGGAUCAUCUUUCUAUCCCGGAGUAUACACCCGGGUUUACAAGUAUUAUGACUGGAUCGUCGAGCAAACUGGUCUCAAUUUGUAAUCAAUAUAUACAAAAUUUUAAUAUGUAAAUGUGAGAUUGUAAGAUAUUUAUUCCUUCAAAUAUAUCUCUCUUAAUUAUUAUA